AUGGCAGCAGAAGGGCAUAACUUUGAUGCGACAUUACUGGCAGUCGGCCGAGAUCAUGGUCACUAUUUUAUUCGUAAAACAUUUGGUAAACCCACGUAUUGCCAUCAUUGCUGUGAUAAAAUAUGGGGAAUGCUCACGCAAGGAUAUGCAUGUGAAGUUUGUAAUUUCAUAUGUCACGACAAAUGUAUGAAAACUGUUGUUUCAUAUUGUAGCGGUGUAGCUUUGCAAUUGAUAAAGAAUCCAGUAGCACAUACAUGGUCCGAGCCUUCGCAUAUAAAACGACGUUUUUGCUGCGUUUGUCGGAAGAAAACAGAUGAUUCAGUGGCUGUCGAGUGCGAAGUUUGUGAAUAUUAUGUACACGUUGAUUGUAAAGACUUGGCAGUAAGUGACUGCAAAGAAGCUGCAACAUUUGUACCAAACUUGGAUAAGAACAAACAAGUUCAGCAUCAUCAUAUGCGAGAAGGUAAUUUGCCCCGUGAUUCUAAGUGCGUUAUAUGCAAAAAAACUUGUUGGUCUUAUGAAUGCUUAGCUGGUAUGAGAUGUGGUUGGUGCUCAGCAACUGCUCAUGCAAUUUGCUAUCGUCAAAUGUCUCUUGAGUGUGAUUUUGGUGGAUUAAGGAGAAUUAUGCUGCCGCCUAAUGCCUUAACAAUUCCGAGAACUGAACUUCCCAUGGAGCAGUUACUGAAUAUUCACGGCACAUAUCAUGAAGCAUCUUCACCAUUAAAAAUGCUACAAGACGAAUCGGAAUUCAAUUCUUCCAAUGAAGUAAAGGAGAAAGAAGACUACGAAGUCUUGCGUAUUUAUGAUGGUAACAGUUCUCUUAGGCAGCAUAUUUAUCGAACUGCUUCGGUGCCCAAAUCAGCAUCUGUACAGCAAAUACGAGAUAUUGCUCUGCGACGGUUUCAUAUAAGCGAUAAUUCGGAUUGUUAUUACAUUACACAAAUAAUUGACGAUAACGGGGAAGAAAAAUUACUAGAAGACCCUGCGCCUCUAAAAAACCUUCGACGACCAGAAGGUCGUCGUUCACAAAUUUUUUUGCGUUACAAAGAUCAUCCUGAGAAAGCAGUUGUAAAAUUGUAUGGUGGUUGGCUUAGAGUUCCAGUAACUUUUUGUUCUCUCUUGGUGACAAAGGAGACACUUGUACAAAAUGCAGUAGCAGAAGCUUUAGAUCGAUUUGGAUUAGAUAAAAAUUCAGCAAAUCGUUAUAAUUUAAUUGAAGUAUCUCUCGAUCGUGGUGUUGCUGAAAGAACUGCAAAUCCUCAUGAAAAUAUGCUACAACUUGUUCGAAAUCUGAAGAAGGAUUCUUUACGACGUUAUCACGUAGUUCGGUUCUAUGUACAAGAGAAAGAUGAUCCACAUGAUCAUGCUGUUUUUGUGGGCAAUUUACCAGUUUCGCUAGCACAAAGACAAUAUGAAAGGAUACUCUUGCGGUUGCUUGGAGCUAAAGAAAAACCAUUUACUGCCAUUGGCCCAAUAUAUUUUGAAUAUGGUUCAUUGGUGAUUACAUUCAAUACAGCAAAAGCUGCCACUUCAGCUGUUCAGCGCCUACAAAAUGCAGUAUACGAAGAAAAAAAAUUAAUUGUUUUAUGUCUUCCUAACGUUCAGCCUCACAUGUUGACGCAGGAUUGUGAGCCAUUGCUAGUGCUUGUAAAUGUUAAAAGUGGUGGUUGUCAGGGAGGCGAAUUAAUUAAAGCAUUUAGACGAUUAUUGAAUCCUUUUCAAGUGUUUGAUGUACUGAAAGGUGGUCCGUUAGUUGGAUUGUAUGUUUUCCGAAAUGUUCCGAAAUAUAAAAUUUUGGCAUGUGGUGGUGACGGUACAAUCGGUUGGGUUCUACAGUGUCUAGAUAUCGCUAAACAGGAUGCCGCGUGUUUUUCUCCACCAUGUGGCAUCGUUCCUUUGGGUACUGGUAACGAUCUCUCUAGGGUUUUAAGAUGGGGAGGCGGCUAUACUGGUGAAGAAAAUCCUAUGGACAUUCUUCGGGAUGUUAUAGAAGCUGAAGAAGUACGUUUAGACAGGUGGGCCGUAGUAUUUCAUGAAGAAGAGCGUACUCAACCGCCUACAACGUCUAGUGUUGAACCAAGUCCAUAUGCAGAUCAAAUUAUGAACAACCCUGAAGACCAAACUUCAAUGAUCAUAAUGAAUAAUUAUUUUGGGAUCGGAAUAGAUGCUGAUGUUUGUCUACAAUUCCAUAAUAAGAGGGAUGCAAACCCGGAAAAGUUCAGUUCACGAUUGUUUAACAAAACUCAAUAUGUUAAAAUUGGUUUACAAAAAGCGUUUUUUGAAAGAACUUGUAAAGAUCUUUGGAAACGGGUCGAACUUGAGGUAGAUGGUAAAUUGAUAGAAUUGCCAUGUAUUGAGGGUAUUAUUGUUCUGAACUUGCUCAGUUGGGGAAGUGGUGCAAAUCCGUGGGGUUCAGCAAAGGAAGAAGGGCAGUUCCAAAAGCCGACGCAUUACGAUGGACUUCUCGAAGUGGUUGGUAUUUCUGACGUUUCACGACUGGGUUUGAUCCAGUCCAAACUCUCAGCCGGUAUAAGGAUAGCUCAAGGAGGAAGUAUAAGGAUCACAACACACGAAGAAUGGCCUGUACAGGUUGAUGGUGAACCACAUAUACAACCACCAGGGACCAUAACGAUUCUGAAAUCUGCCCUUAAAUUUGAUUUAAUGUUUUACAAUUAUAUCCUUAUUUUUUCUCUCCGUUAUAUAUAUCCAGAAGUUUAA